AGGUGCACGGUGGUACCCAUGGGAUGGGUUCAAAGCAAAGCCCCCCCUCCUGCCCAGGUUUCUACAUCGCUCGCUGUUGGACGGAGCCAUUCAGGGGCGGAUGUGGGAGCACCAGGACGAGGACCAGGAGCAGGUAGCGAUAGCCCAAACAGAGCGCUGAUGAUGAUGAUGAUGCGGGGACGGUGAAAAAUGUGAGGUAGAUCUGAGCAGCUACCAUCGGAAGGAUCGGGGAGGGGAGGAGCUCAGUGCGAGCAGAGGUAGGUUCUUGUGAUCGCGUUAGGGGAGGUUAGGGAGAUCGGAUUGGGAAAGGGCGGCUGAAGAAGGAAACGCUGUUGUUAUGCCAUUGCGAGUUUGCGUAUCCUUGCUGCAACAUCGUGACCAUUGGCUGGAUCUGUUUGUAGCCAAAUCAUUUCUGAACAGUUCUGAAUCUAGAACCUUGGUGACACAGCGAGACUGCUGCUUCAAGUUCCGUUGUAUUCCUUCCGGAUCCCUUUUCUGUAAUCGCUAAGACAAAAUAGAAUUACAGGCUGUUAGCGAAGGAAGUCCGCAUAAUGGGUUGACGGUUGAUGCUCUAGAUUGUAGUAGCUGCGAAGGUGAUGUCAAUUCUAUGUUACACUGAAGACCAUGGCUAUGGCAUUGAGCGGUAUAUUCUUCUCUGUACAUAGUUGCGUUGAGCAAACAUCGCGCUUUCAGCUUAGGACUCUGGCCGGAAAGUUCCGGUAAUUUUGUUUGAACGCCGUAGUUAUGGAUGUGGCUAGAAUGGGUUAUGAGAACGGGACACUCUCUUCUAUGGAUGGAGCGAUGCCUCAUGGCAUGGGAUUGUCCAUUAAUUCUUGGUACGAUGGGAGCGAGACAUUUUAUCUUCCUGAGAAGAGGAUUCCAGACGUCGAGAGGACGAAGGAGCAGGCUUAUGAACGUACUGCUCAGGAAGGCAUGAAGCACACGACAGGUUCUAUUGUUAACGCUGCAGUCUCUACGGCAGGAGUAAGACUGAGCGAUACACGUCUGGCAUCCAGAAGGGCAGAGGAAUCAGCAGCAAGGAGGCAGCAAGCGAUUUUAUGGUUGCAAGAGAUGGUUGGAAAUCUCGGUCUGUCAUCCGAUGCCACUGAGGAAGACCUGCAGCUUUGUCUGAGGAACGGAAUCUCUCUUUGCAAUCUUAUUAAUAUGGUUCAGUCUGGCGCUGUCCCAAAGGUAAUGGAACCCUCGGUCCCCGAUGGAGCGCGUUCUUCAUAUCAGUACUUCGAGAAUGUUCGAAACUUUUUGGUAGCAGUGGAGGAAAUGGGACUACCAUCGUUUGAAGUAUCUGACUUGGAGCAGGGAUCCAUGUCUACUAGCGCAUCUGCAAAGCUGGUGGACUGCAUACUGGCACUGAAAUCCUACUAUGACUGGAAGCAGGGCGGUUCCUUGGGUUUCUGGAGAUUGAAUUCUCCAAAUCAUUCAACAGAAAGUACACAAUUCAGCCGGUCCAAGGGUAUGAAUAGUAGUUUCAACUCUCGGCAAAAGUGGUCCAAUCCUGAUCAAGGUUCCCUCGAUAAUGCUUCGUCGGCAAAUCUGUCCAAUCAACCCGCAAGUUUCGAACCUGCUAACUCCAUUUCAGGUCAUGAAGUCUUGUCCAACGGCCCAUCUAUGAAGUAUAAAGGGUCAGCUAAAAAUGGUGACAUUGAGGACAACUCCGCAGUGUCCAAAUCUACCUGGUUACAACACCUUGGAGACAAGUGUCACGAGGUUCUUCAAGUCAAUGCUAAGAGUAUGCAGGGGGUUUCGGAUUCUCGACCAUUUGCCACAGAUGGCUAUGGUGGACCGACUGCAGCAUUAGAUAACGCUCCAUCCCAGUCACUUCUCAGUCUGAUUAAUGCCAUCUUGCACGACAAAAACGUUGAAGAAGUGCCUAUGGUUGUGGAGUUUAUGUUGCGGAAGGUAAUGGAGGAAUUUGAGCGUCAUCUUCUUACUCAAAGGAAACAGGUCACAAAGAUGAGGACUUCCUUGAAAGAGAUAUUGGCUCGAGAAGCCAAGCUUUCUUCCCAAAAUUCUGUUCUUGCUACACUUACAGCGGGGACCCAAGAGGAGAUAAACCUAUACUCUGGAUUGCUGCACAAAAUGGAGGCGGAGAUGAAGCAAAUGGCAGAGGAAAUGAAAACAAAGGAUGAGGAAGUGAACAGAUUGCUGCAAGAGAACAAGGAGUACCAGUCAACCGUGAAAGUGCUGAAGAAUGAGUUGGAUCUCAAUAGGCGCUCUGACAAGGAGAUGCUGUUGCGGCUUGAAACUCAGAAGAAAGAAAUCGAGCACGAGUAUCAGGAAACGAUCCACUCUCUUGAGUCUGAACUUCAAAAUUCUUACGAGAAGUUGAAGAACUUAGAAGCCAAUGCAGAAAGGGAAAUGAGUAAUCUGAAACUGAAGGAUACUCAGUAUCAAAAUUUCCUCUCAAGUCAGCUCCUUGAAUACAAGGAUCUCAGGUUGUCCCAACUCGACACGAGGAACGAGUUUUUGAGAAUGCAGACAGAGUGGAAUGAUCAGUUCAGUAUGCUUGAAGAACAGCUUCAGAGUAUGGCUCGAGCAGCAUCUGGAUACCACAAGGUGCUUGCUGAGAAUCGAAUACUGUACAAUGAAGUGCAAGAUUUGAAAGGUAAUAUCCGGGUUUAUUGUAGAGUUAGACCUUUUCUCACUGAGGAAUUUGGGAGACAAACAACAAUUGAUUAUAUUGGCGAAAAUGGGGAGUUGAUGUUAGUGAACCCCCUCAAGCCUGGUGCAAAAGAUUCACGGAAGUCAUUUUCAUUCAACAAGUGUUUUGCCCCUAAUGCUUCACAAGAGGAGGUUUUUCUGGACACGCAGCCGUUAAUUCGGUCUGUCUUAGAUGGAUUCAAUGUUUGCAUAUUCGCUUAUGGGCAAACAGGAUCCGGGAAGACUUUUACAAUGAGUGGUCCAAACAACAUGACUCCCGUGGAUUGGGGAGUGAAUUACAGAGCACUUCAUGACUUGUUUCAUACAACUCAAAGUAGACACGACGUUUUCCGCUAUGAGAUUUCGGUGCAGAUGCUCGAAAUCUACAAUGAGCAAGUUCGGGAUCUUCUUGCAGCUGACGGAGUUCAGAAGAAGCUCGAGAUUCGAAACAACUCCCAGUUGAAUGGUCUAAAUGUUCCCGACGCCAGUAGGAUGUCAGUUAGGUCUACAGAAGAUGUAUUGGACCUUAUGAAAGUUGGCCAGAAGAACAGAGCUGUUGGUGCUACAGCUCUUAACGAACGUAGUAGUAGAUCUCACAGUGUGCUGACAGUGCACGUUCAAGGGACUGAUCUGGAAUCUGGAGCUAUUUUAAGGGGAUCUCUUCACCUGGUGGAUCUCGCUGGAAGUGAACGAGUUGACCGGUCUGAAGCCACGGGUGAUAGAUUGAAAGAAGCUCAACACAUUAAUAAAUCUCUUUCAGCCCUUGGUGAUGUCAUAGCUGCAUUGGCACAAAAGAAUGUGCAUGUACCUUACAGAAAUAGCAAGCUUACACAGUUGCUACAGGAUUCUCUAGGCGGUCAGGCAAAGACUUUGAUGUUUGUACACAUAAGUCCCGAUGUGGAUUCCUUUGGAGAGACUGUCAGUACACUGAAGUUUGCCGAAAGGGUAUCGACAGUGGAGCUGGGAGCUGCACGUAGUAACAAGGAGAGUGGAGAGAUUCAAAAUCUCAAAGAGCAGGUUGCUCUUCUUAAAGAGAUCGCUGCUAAGAAAGAUGCUGAACUCUCAAGUCUUCAAACAUUCAAAGAACGAUAUGAGAGAGGCGAGACAGGGAACGGGGUGGAGAAGUUUAAGUCCAGGACAACAAAACCAUCUGCACGUGUUCGUGAACGGACUGAUGUCGUUGGUCAAAAGGUUCGGACCUUGCAAUACGAAGCUGGGAGUGGCGCUGCUGAGACCCGGCUCAAUACGCGCAAGCUACCCAGUCAACCGAAAUCUCCUAUUCGGGCUGGUUUAAGCAUAAACCAUGAAUCAGAAGAUUUUGCGGAGCAAUUGGUGUCCUCUUCAGCAUGCUCUCCAACGAAUUCUCCUACGGAGCAAAUGGGUGUGUUUGAUGUCAUGGAUGAAGGAGUGAACAAUGUAAAUGAGAAACUUAGAUUCUUGAAGAGUCAUCAGAAUGGGUCUGUCAGUGGUGUUGCGAAUUGGACCUCUCAGCCGCAAAAUACUAUGGAGACUGAAAAUGGGCAGUUGAAAAUCAAGGAUGUGAGCAAGCAGCAAGAACCCGUUAUUUCGAACGAUGCUGAAUUAAAUGCACUUGACAUGAAAGAGCCUCAAGAACGGUCUUUACAUGGUGCAGAAGAGAGUGGAAAUUUUACACAAGAAUUGGAAAAACAACGGACUUACGCGAAUGGUGGUUCCUUGUAUGAAGGGAACGGAGACUUUGAAGCCAUACGUUCAACAGGCUCCAGUCAGCGCUCUUUGAUGGGUCUGGAAGAACAUUUUGAAAGUGAAGGAAUAUUCGACCUUCGGGAUGGGUACGAUGAUAGUGCAAGCUUGUUCUCAGAAGGUGGACUAUCUGUUGAAGCUGACCUAUCCACCCAGCUUGAUCAGAAUCGGAAGCCCCAGUCAAAUGUCACCCAUGCUCGCAACGAAAGGAAAGCACUACUACAGACUCAACUUCCCCGGCCUCCGAUAAGUAGCGCACGUAAGAACCCGUCCAUGAUGGAUCGCAAGUCUGUUGCAGCACCUUUACAAACACGACUCCGCAGAUACACAAAUGUAGGGGUCUCAUCUGACAAACUUUCAUCCAAGCGGAAUGGAUCUCUUGGGCAAGUUGCUAACCCGGAUUUUGAAUCAAGUGGCAGCAGAAGGGUGGCAAUUGGUGUCGGCUCCUCAACGUCCUGGAGAUAGAGGCCUUUAAUUCUUCCUUAUCGGGAAACACUCUUAGUGGAAGGAGUUCCAAGCGAUGGAUCCGACAGCUAGGGUUGAACCCAACGCUUGGGAGUUCCUUGGGUGAAGCGUCACUACAAGGGCAUGGGAUAUCCUGUAACAUAACCAGAGAUCAUAUUCAUAUGCCUGUAGAUAUCAGUAUGGACCAAUGAUUGGAAUAUCAUUCUAUUUACCGUGUAAUACCGGUAAAUGGCUUACAAUUGUACAAGCCAUUUUUUCUUGAUAUGCUAGGAAGUGUCAUUUCUGCGAUCGGAAGCGGGAUCAUGGCCGUCGCUGAUAAUUGUUUCCUAAUUAUAUUGAUAGUUUUAUCAAAGACCCACUUUGAUUAUGUUCUUCUCGACACAAUUUCUUCUAUACCCUUCGGAUGUCUUAUAGUCAGUUUGUUUCAAUUCAAGGCUCUUAGAAGAGCAGCUGUGGGGUGGAUUACCUCACAUUAUAACACUUUUCAUUCUCAUUGCUUUAAGGUGUCUCAAUUGAGACUUGGUGA